UAAAAAUGUGUGGUGGUGCCCCGUCAUGAAGAAACCACAAAUUCUGUCUCCGUUGUAAUGGCAUGUUGUUUGAGGACCCCCGAGCAAUGUCCAUCAGUCGUCUCUCUGCUAGCGGAGAGCUACAACCCGCAUGUUCGAUACGGCGCGGCCAUGGCCCUAGGCAUCGCGUGCGCAGGCACUGGCCUCAGAGAAGCCAUCGCCCUCCUGGAGCCAAUGAUCAUGUUCGAUCCGGUCAACUUCGUGCGCCAGGGCGCGUUGAUCGCGUCAGCCAUGAUUUUGAUUCAGCAUACGGAUCAGACUUGUCCCAAGACGUCCUUCUUCAGGCAGACCUAUGCCCAGGUUAUCGCGAAUAAGCACGAGGAUGUGAUGGCCAAGUUUGGAGCCAUCCUCGCUCAAGGAAUCAUCGAUGCCGGUGGCAGAAACGUAACCUUGUCGCUACAAUCAAGAACCGGACACACCAACAUGUUGGCUGUUGUCGGCACUCUGGUAUUCACCCAGUAUUGGUACUGGUUCCCGCUCUCUCACUGUUUGGCACUCGCAUUUACACCUACUUGCGUCAUCGCUCUCAAUGCCCAACUGAAGAUGCCCAAGUUGGAGUGGAGAUCAAACGCCAAACCAAGCAUGUACGCGUACCCUCCGCCCAUGGAAGAGAAAAAGCGCGAAGAAAGAGAAAAAGUAACAACAGCUGUUCUGAGUAUCGCGGCCAGGCAACGUAGGAGAGAUCACGAUAAGAAGCAUCGUGAUGACAAGAUGGAUGUGGAUGAUGACAAGGAAGAUAAGAAAGACGACAAAAAGUCCGAAGAGAAGAAACCCGAAGAGAAGAAAGAAAGAGAAAAGGUAGAGUUAUCCACCAGCGAAAAGAAGGAUGACAAAAAGCCUUCGACCUCAACUGCCAGUGAAGAUAAGAAGGACAAGAAGGACGAAAAGGAGGAAAAAGAGAAAGAGAAGAAGAAAGAACCGGAAGCAACGUUCGAGGUUCUUCAAAAUCCCGCUAGGGUGCUGAGACAGCAGUUGAAAGUGUUGGCCGUGAACGAAGGCAGUCAGUAUGUACCGAUGAAGGAUGUGGCAAUCGGUGGGCUAAUCAUGGUCAAGAACCUCAAGCCUGAUGAGGAAGAGCUCGUAGAACCUGUUGCUGCUUUUGGCCCAAAGGGUGAAGACGAAAAGGAGCCCGAGCCCCCAGAACCAUUUGAGUGGCUAGAAGAUUAAGCACUCCACUCACUAAACUCAUGCAUUCGAUAUUUACUAUUAGUACUGAUUAAAUGUUUUGCUUGACCUCACGUAAAUGUGGUCACUGUACUUGUAUCUGCAUAUUUUGAAUGUUAGAAUAAAAUUGCUUUAAUGAUCUCUUCCUGUAUCCCAUUUGAACAUCGUACUAGAAGUGGCUGCAACUAGGGAACAUUUAGAUUGUUUAGUGUUUCACUGUAUUUGUAUAUGUGGAAGCUAAAAUAAAGCUAUUAAUUCAACAUUA